AUGGCAGAAUGUGGGUGGGUGGGGUAUCACCAGGUAAGGAAUAACGUUCAGCUCAAACUUCUGUUACCCUUCUUCCCCUUCUUUGCUGCUCCACCUCGGGACAGAGGGCGCUUCAGCAUCAUCAAACAGUGCAGAGAAAAGCUUAGCGGAAAUGCUUUGGCUGCCAAGAUCAUUCCCUAUAGGAAGGAAGAAAAGGAAGAUGUGCUCCAGGAGUAUCACAUCCUGAGGAAGCUUCACCACACCAACAUCGGGCAGCUGCAGGGGGCCUACGUGAGCCCACGCCACCUGGUGCUGAUCACAGAACUUUGUGUUGGCCCUGAGCUUCUCAAUGCUUUAGCUGGAAGGUCAUCCUAUUCAGAGGUGGAAGUCAGAGACUAUCUGUGGCAGAUUCUUAUUGCUGUUGAAUACCUCCAUGCUCAGAAUAUCCUGCACUUGGAUCUGAGGUCUGAAAAUAUGAUUAUCACUGAACCAAACCUGCUGAAACUCCUGAACUUUGGCAACGCACACUUCUAUGAACCCAACAGAAUCAUUACCCUCAAUGGGUGCACGGACUAUGUAGAAACUAUGGCUUCAGAACUUCUGGCAGAUAAAGGAGCUCUUCCACAGACAGACAUCUGGGCUGUUGGAGUAACAGCUUUCAUCAUGCUGAGUGCUGAAUACCCGAUCAGCUCUGAGGCUGCCUGUGACUUUGGGAGGCUUGUGAAGAAAGAGAAAAUCAAGUUCAACAAAUGCUAUGCAGGCCUUUCAGGAGGAGCCGUUUCGUUCCUACAAAGCACACUAUCCUCUAAUCCAUGGAGGCGGCCAACAGCAUCUGAAUGCCUUCAGUCUCCAUGGCUGCAGGAAACAGGUUUGGAUGAGAGGCAACAAGCAACAGUUACUUUCUCCACCACUAAACUGAGGAACUUUCUAGCUGAGCGGGAAAGAAAAAGAGCUCUACUCUGUUCCAAGUAUGGCCUGAUGACCGUGUAGUGAAACACAUUCAGAGAGAAUCACUCUCAGACUUCCAUCUCCACAUGAUCCUACUCACACCUCGGAAUGUUUUAUUAUAAUUUCUGGCUUCUGGACUGAAAAGGGAUGGUCACAAGUAGGUGUGAGUCAAAGGAUUGCUGCUCAUCUGCAUAUUUAUGUAUCCACAGUAAUCAUAAUCUGUAUUUUUAUGAAUGGAUACCAAGUUGCAGGUCAUGCACAUCUCUCAUUUAUCCUACAAUAUUGAUUAUCUGAAGAUGUCCAUUACAGAGUGGAACAAUCGUGGUGUACUUAAGGUGGGAGGCAAUAAUAAUGGGUUAGAUGAAACAUCAUGGGAAUUUUCCUGUCUCUCAAGAACAGUUCAUUGUUGGAGUCUGUGGCUAACUUCUGGAAUCUCCUUCUUUGGUGAUUGUGUACUUGCCAGUUUUGGACGCUCUUUUGCUGUGGAAGCCUGACUGAUAUUGUGCUGCUUCAAACUUCAUUCAAUACCUGUUGUUUUCAGCUGAUUGGGUUGUCAGUCUUUAUGGCCUUUAUAGUACUUUGCAUAGCUCUCUGUUACAAGCUACCUGUGCUAUAUUUCAGAGAAACACUAUUUCAUUAAAGCAGAGCUUUCCAAACAUUUCAU